ACUCUUUACAAGUUUAGUGAGAAGCAAAUUUAUCGUCGAGAACUGACCGCAUAGCGCAGACUUUAUUUCAUCUAAAAACAGGAAGUUCAUCCGGACUAGUUAUACUAUAUCAAAUAUUAUAUUUUAAGAGGAAAAAAAAAAAAUUUUCACAUUUAUAUAUCCAAAAAGAAUUAAAAGUGACGAAAAAAAAAAUCAAAUUACAAAAAAAUUUAACGAAAUGGGAUUAAAUCCAAUGAAAUGGAAAACAAAAACAUUGGCUUACACUUUUUUCACUAUUUUAAUUGUUUAUGGAUUAUUUUUUUACAAGAGAAAGCACACAGUGUCAUUUGAAAUUAUAAUUAAAAAUUCAACACCCGAAAUUGUUUGGGAAUUUGUUGCAGAUUUUAGUAACAUGAAGCAAUUAAAUCCAACAAUUGAGGAUUUUAAUAUUAUUGCCGAAAGUGGAAAUUACGAUCAUUGGAAAUAUUCAGUGAAAUAUUCCGAACAUUUGAGUCACAUUCCAAUUAUCAAAAAUACAGCUCACGGUCAUUUUGCAGUGAAACCUGAGGAAUUAGGUUUUUCCAUUAAUUCCGAGCAUCGAACAUGUUUUCUCACCAAUUUUGAUUGUGUGAAUUCGAUAUCAGAAUUUAAAUUCCAAGGAAUUGGUAAUGACACAAAAUGUCUGGAAAUUGUUGAAUACGAAUGUCCAAUACUAUUUUCAUCACUUUGCUAUAAAGAAGUCAUGUAUCAACGACAAGAAAUAAUGAAAAAUUUGCAAUUACAUUUUGAUAAAAUAAAUGUAAAAAAAUAGUUUUAAGUUAAAUAAAAAAAAAAAAGUUUUCCUAUA